GCUCCUCCUGGGGGCGCUACGUUGACUUCCAACCGCAAUUAAAAAGUAGAAGAAGACCGCCUCAGUCAGCUAGCUGGUUGAGCUAUAGUUAUAUUUACCCAAUGUCCGUCAUCGAUAGACAGUAACUUUACGCUUUGUUGUUGAAGAGCAUCGAAAUACGUAUGUUAUCAGAUGCUAAUGGGAGUCCCAGCGUUAUAUUUCUCUCCGCACUGAGUGGCUAACCACAAAAAAGGAAGCAAUGAACUUCCAGGGCAGUCGGAGGCGAGGAGAGGAUGGCAUUGCCAUGGUGAUUGACUUCCUGCUGUCUAAUGCCCGGCUGGUUCUGGGAGUUGGUGGGGCUGCCAUGCUAGGAAUUGCUACAUUGGCAGUGAAACGGCUGAUAGAGCGCGCAGGCCGUGCAGCCGAUGAAGAAAAGGUGGAGCAGAAGAUGGCUGAGAGCUGGGAGGAGUUAAGUUUGGUCUCUGCUUCCCCCACGCUGAUCAAGAAGGGCAUAGAGGGCGUGGUGAUGAAACAUGUUGCUAAGGCAGCCAGACAGCAGAAAGCUGAUCUGUGCCAACAACCUCAGAUGUCCUCUCUGGAGGUGCAGGCUAAACCUGAGUCCAAGUCCAAGAGGCUCCAGCUUUGCAUCCUCAGUUUGCAGGAGCGACUACAGCAGUACUAUCACACAAGGGCGGAACUAGCUCCACAUGAAGUCCAGAGGGCUCAGUCUCUAGCCCUGGACAUCUGCUCUGAGAUCCAGGGCUUUCUGCACAGCCGUCAUCCUGACAUGCCCCUGGGAGAAAUGAGCCUCGGAGGUUCUCUACUAGAUGACCUGCAGGUGGUCAGUGCAGACCACGCAUGUCUGCUGGUGCCUCUACAGCUGGAAGCCUCUCUGUGGCGUCUCGUCCCGGGAGAGGAAACACUGCUCACACACCCGCUGCACUGGAUGGUCCGACGGAUCAAUCUGGAAUAUUUUCCCAGAGGACGCAGCUACUGGGACAGGUACCUGGUGGGUGGUUACCUGUCCGCAGAAGCUGUUGUGAACAUGUUUAGUAAAGCUGUCAUGGAAACUAUAAACUGGCCGUCGAUCAGCAGCACUCUGGACUGUCUCGUCAGACCAGUACUGGGAGGACCAGACCUGAGACUGGAGAUUCGGCCUGGAAAUGAAGAAGGGGCAGAGAUCAGUGAUCAGCCCCUGUUCAUCUCCAUGUUGCCUUUGCUGAGGGAGGGGGAAGUGGUUCUGACCGCGCAGCCUGAGCUCACCUCUCCCUGGAUCAAUGCCUGGCACCUGUGUCUCUACCCGUGGGAGACUCAGCGCCUGGCUCAGCUUGACGCCACUGACGCCGGAUACCGCAGACAGACACUUAAAAUCCUCAAGGCAGUGUGCAGACUGAACCCCGCCCUGCGACCGCUUGAAGCCGCCCCGCUGGCCAAUCUCAUCCUACACCUCAGUGACAGUGAGAGCGACUGGUCCGAGAUCAGCCUUGAUGUGAGAUUCCAGCAGUGUAUCACAGAGCUAAUUGGCUACCUCGAACAAGGGGCGUUACACAGUUACUUCAAGCCAGCUGUCAAUCUGCUGAGCGGCUUGUCAGAGGACCAGGUGGAUCAGAUGGGUUUCAUGCUCUACUGCGCUGUGUCAGAGCCUGAAAUACUUCUCAUAUAACUGUCUGCACACACACCACUUCACAUUUCUCAACCUCUGGCCAGAGAUCAAAGGAGUAAUCUUUUAUCAUCCAAGAUGUUUGGUUCAAGGCAAAGAUGUUGCUGCCUACUCUCGUCGUUUAGCUCCUCCAUCCUGCUUUAAUUCAAGGGAACAGGGUACCGUUGGAAUGACAAAGUGGCGGGCACCAUGGACUGAUGUCUACACUGGAGGAGGAGAAGCUACAGGGAGACUGCAGAUAUGAAAGUGAUAAUCAAGCUAAGCAAAUCACUCAGAGGAAAGGAGACGUGCCAAGGAAAGGAGCUGAGGAAGUGUUUAUCAAGAUGUUUUGAAACGAUGUGCCUGAUCAUAACUCCCCCCUACACACACACACACACACACACACACACCACAGCCAAAUCUGCAUUUAAGUUUGUGCGAUUAUUAGUUUUCACAGGGAGACAGUGAUGGCCAGCAUGGCCACAUACAGUUCAGUACUUCCAUUAACAGCAGAGGAGGAGUACAGUUUAUUGCUUAAGUGCAUACGUUCUUUCUAUCUUCUAAUUGAUAGCGUGCGCUCUGCAUCAUUUUCCUGAAUCUCCUUUAAUAUAUUCAAACUAUGCAGAAAAAUAAUGACCUGCUGAAAACCACCAGGUUCUGCUGCACUUAUUAAACUAUUCAGCCUGUCUGAGUUGGACUUAUUUAACGCAAAGUGUAUAUUUUAUCAUACUGGAGGUUGAAGUGUGCAGUAUUUUGUUUGUCUUGUUUAGUGUUCAGUCUGUUGCCAAUCUUAUUAGGGUAAACUAACCCUUUAAAUUAUGGUUAAAGUUGCCUAAUAAUUUUAUGCACUUGCUUUUAAAUACAGUAUGAAUGUUGUGGGCAUUUCUUCAGUUUGAGAGUGAAAGAAAAUUGAUUUUCUGUUAUUGAACAGUGAAACUGCAAAUAAAAAUUAAAAGCACUUGUUUAGA